AAAAUGAUGACAUAUUCAUGGGGUAAAAAAUGGCAUUAUUCCUGACGUAAAAAAAUAGUUAAUACUUUUACUGGAUUACAGUUGUGUAACACCUGUACAUUCACGAGGGCAUUAUCGUCAUUUUGACUGGACUAUAUCCCGCUUCUUUUUCAUUAGUCAUCUUCAACAAUUUUCGUCUCAUGGCAUUCCCAGUGACGAAUCGCAGAGACUAACCGCAAAGACGAACGCAGAGACGAACCUCAGAGACGAAUCUCGGAGAUGAAUUUCUUCAUUAGCGCUUCACUUGCCUUCUUCGUUCUCAGUAUCUACACCGCGCACUACAUCGUCGAGCUCCACAAAACCACCAAAGAUUCUGCUGAGCGCGAUUUUGUUUCAAAAACUUCGCUGUACGUCUCUAUCGAAGAAGAAGAAGACGUAUCGUACUCGCCAUUGCAACAAGACUAUUACCGAGACUCUUGCCCUUCCGCCGAAAGAAUCAUCCGAAAAGCUCUUAAAGAGAUCUACAAGGCGAGACCUAGCAUAGCUCCAUCUCUAAUCCGCCUCCUCUUUCACGAUUGCUUCAUCGAGGGAUGCGAUGCCUCGGUACUUGUAGACGCAGAUGAAUCUCAGACUUCGGAGAAAGAAGCGCCUCCUAACCUGUCACUGAAAGGACUUGAUGUCAUUGCGUUUAUCAAGUCCGAGCUAGAGAAUACCUGUCCGGGAGUUGUUUCCUGCGCUGACACUCUUGCCUUGGCCACUAAAGAAGCAGUCUCACUGGCUGGUGGUCCAAAGUAUAGUUUACGAAUUGGGAGGAAAGACAGUCUAGUGACGUUCAAGGACAUUGCACAACGUGAGCUUCCUUCACCACAUGCUACCCUCUCUGAAAUACUUGCAAGGUUUGCUUCUAGAGGAUUCAGCCCACAAGAAACUGUCAGCUUAUUGGGAGCCCACAGCAUAGGCAUUACGCACUGCACAUUCUUUCAGGACCGGCUGUACAACUUUUCAGGAACCGGGAAGCCUGACCCUGAGCUCAAUACAGGGUUCCUCCAAGAACUGAAGAGCAAAUGCCCCUUCUCUGCCUCGGCAUCAUCUCCAUCUCCGUGCCCUGACACUGCUUCUGCACCGUCCUUACCUGCAUCAGAUUAUCACACCAACUACGGUCUGAGCUCGGAGAACCAGAUUGAUGGAACCAUCGACUUGAGCUUCAACAAUGAAGGAGGUUACCUUAACUUCGGAUCACGCUACUACAGGAGACUGUUGCAGAAUAAAGGGGUCAUGUUCUCAGAUCAGCAACUGAUGGCCAGUGAAGAGACCGAGACAUGGGUGAGAGCUUACGCUUCUGAUCCUCUCUUGUUCCAGCGAGAUUUCAUCAAGUCCAUGGUGAAACUCUCCAGCUACCAUGUCCUGACUGGUCCUUUAGGUCAAGUCAGAACAAACUGCUCAAAAGUCCUUCCCUUGAACUGAUUCUCUUCUUCUUUUUUUACCACUCUUGAUCUCUCCCUUUACCAUUUGCGAUUUGUUCUGAUUUGUAUAACAAUGUGGGACCUUUGGUUCAAUGAGUUUAUGUUGAACGAUUAGGUUUUUCAAUUCAAAAAGCUCAUCUGUUCUUACAGAGUUCUCAAGGGCACAAGUCAAAUAAACCUUUAGUUCAACUUGAUGAAGAAUUUGAAGCAGAUAUAGGUCAUGGGGUUCGUCAUGUUUGUGGCCUGAUGAAAUGGUAACUUACCUUCUUUGAUACUCAAGAAACCGUGUUGUAGCCGUAUGAUGAACCCUUGUGAACGUGCUCAUCUAUAGAAACACAAUAAAAUGCGUAACCAUUGUGUCUUAUGAUGCUAAAAGAGGGAAUGGAGAGUUGCAUUUACCUAAAAGUGAUACCCCAACCAACGCAUCAGCCAGAACUUUAACCAUUACCAACUUUGUAUAUGAUCAGAGGCCACCCAACGGCCAUGAAGGUGAAGACACAAGCCAUACUUAUCUUGACCCUGUUCACUUCCCUCGGUCUAAACUUUCUCAGAUUGAAGUGACAGUUCACCCUAUCAGAAACACUUCCUAUCCUUAAGUAAUCAAUAUACAGAGAAGAAACCUUGAUAAGUGCAUACAGAGUUAAGAAACUUAAAUGUGUCUAUACCAUUGAGCUAUGGACAACCAAUGCCUAAUUGGGCCAUAUCGAAACUUGUUUGCCAUUCGCAGAAUGGGCGAUGGAUCAAACUCCUCUGGUGGAACUGUUUGCCAAGCUGUGUCAUGAACUAACCUAUAUAAACAAAGUCAUGACGUCUCUUAUACAUGUGUUACAAGUGGUACGUCCAUAUCAUAUUAUUUUAUUCAAACUAUUCCAGUUGGGUGUAUAAAUAUCUUGUAUUCCAUCAUAAAAAUAUGUCGCUGAGGUUUUCUUCUUCUUUCUCUUCUCCAAAAGAAAAUUGAAGAAUGGGGUCUGAUGCAUUAUGGGCUGAACCCACCUGAAACGAAGAACAGAUCUAGUCCAGUAGCUUAUUGAGAGUUGCGGUACAUGUGAGCUGGGUGAUCCAUAUGACAGUAAUGCACACACAAAAAUCCACAUAAAAUGUCAUCAAAACUGAUAGGAAAUUAGCUGAAAAUCACGUUUUACCCCUAAUUUGAUAGAUUAGGUUCCUGCUGAUUCAGCCAUAAAUAAACAUUAUGUGUAGAGUGUUCAAUAUAAGAAAAGAACUACUCAGACCUCCAGCCAAAUUUCAACGUAGAAUGUCUUAGUCAUAGCAUUGGUUAUUUUGGGGUUUAAAAAGCAGUUCUAACUAGAACUAAAGUUUUAUUUUCAUUCAAUCUUUGUCUUUCACACACUGUCUAACAAUACUAAAAGUUCUAAAAAUAGAGCAGGGAGAGUGUCCACUUCAGAUUAAAAAAUCAACCAAUCAACCAAUUAGGGAAAUCCUUUCUGCCAUGUCAUGUAGUUAUUGUCGAAAAUAAAGAUAAAAAGAAGCUUCGAUCAACCGACUCUGCCUCUCACUUCGUCUUCUCAGUUACAUCUUCAUGAAAUCUACGUUAUAGUUACUAAUAUUAUCAAUAAAUUGUGUUCUUUAAGCUCCUUUAUGAAUUCGUUUUGUAUCAUUUGCAUUUUAAUCUUUAUAAACCCUUCACCUAGAUUUAAUCCAGUCAAAAACGAAAACCUCCACUGAAGAAAUUGAAGCUAUGGCGAUGAAACCCAAUGGAUAGUAAUCUACCAAAAAGUCUCCCGUCACCACCGGAAAGUCUCCCGUGCACUAAUUAAAACGCAUCUUCGCACAUGGUGUUCAAGAGAUCAUACAGAUGGACCUGAAGACAAGUAAGAUGAUCUUACGUGAUAAACACAUGCGGGCAAAGGUUUCAGAUUUCAGUUUGUCUAAAUUGGCAGUUGACAGGGCCGUGCAUGUCUCCGGCAUAUGGUCCAUGGCACAGUUGGAUAUCUGGAGCCCAAGUAAGCUAGACGCAUAUCUAACACCAAGAAAUACUUCAUAUAUCUUUAAUUUGACUUUAAAAUGCUGUUAUUAUUCUGAUGGUAAAAGAUAGUACUUUAUAUCACAACUACCAGGGAGGAGUGAUGUAUAUAAUUCUGGAGUCUUUUUUUGUGGGUCAAACUGUGGAGUCCUUCUUGAGCUUACGUAUAAGCCAUAUCGAAUGAACACUUCUGAGUUGAUUAUACAAGGUCUAUUACUAAUCUGAGCUUUUUAUUUUUCAAUGAACAGACGUAAAAAAGCAAAGAAAUGUUGUUAAGUGUCGGUCAGGCAAUGGCACUUCUGAGCUGUAGAGUUUGGUUAAAACGUUUUUCAGCAAUAUGCACCAAACUGUGAUCGAGAAUCGUGGAUUAAGGUUCUCGACUUUGUUAGCAGGAUUUUCCAUGGAAGUGUAUUUCUAAGAGGUACGUAGCUGUUAUGUAAUUAUGAGGAGUUCCUUGAGAACAUUUGCGGUGGGUUGGCAGAAACAACAGCUGGCAAAUUAAUAGUAAUGUUUUCCAAGGUUUCUAAAUUGAUCGACUUAGACGCUGCAAUGAGCUUUGAAAAUGGAGAAGGUGUGCGUCUGAUAGCACCUCAGGAUGCCUGCAAGCUGCAACCGUUCAGUCAAGUAUAUUCGCACGGACGUAUAGAUUGAUGGCGCAUACGGGUAAACACUCGAAUCUAGGAAAUGGUUGGCUCUGGAUGAAGUGUUUCUCGACCGCCAGUGUCACGAUCUUGGGGGAGAAGAAGGCACAGUCUACGUGGUUAUCAGCUUUGAGAGAAUCGGAUGUGAAUAUUACUCUGUCUGUUUAGUCUAACCUUUUUCAUUACCAUGUUUCUGAAGAGAUCGAGUUAGACGCUGCGAAUAGUUGCAUGUGAUGGUGAGUAAAAUGGAAAGAGUCUGAGGAGAAUACAAGGAUGUUCAGGAACUUACACCUGACUCUCGAGACUUCACAAUAGAGAGCUUGAAGACAAAGCCAAAGAAGUACCAGAGCUGAAAACAGAGAGGCAUAAGAAAAAACUUAAUAUAGACAAGCUAGAGGGAAUCGCGAGGCUGAAGCUAGCAGAGGCAGCCAUGUUACAGCUUAAAGCUAACAAAGCAUAACGGGAGUCUGAGAGGUUGUAAAGAAACUACGAAAACAGAAAAGUUUGGGGAGGAAUGCGCAAGUAACCUUGAACAGAGAUUGGCCAAGGCUGAGGCAGAGAAGCAGUAUAUGUUUGAGAAGAUUAAACUGACGGAAAAUUCAAGCUCGCAUCACAAAGUAGUGGUGGUGGAGGAUACCCGUCACAUGUGUGAUGUACUCAAAGAUCCACGAUCUACUUCAUGGUAACAAUCUCACGCCUAAGGUAGAUCCUCAAUCAAAAGAGCACCAUCCUUUCAUAUCCAAACAUUGACGCUUCUUCCCUUUUAAAUUUGUUAAUUUUGUGCAAACAAGAUCUCUUAAUAAAUGGGAGUGUAAGAGCACCAUUAUCGCAGUUUCUUAGGCAGAGUUUUCAAUGUUUUUAGAAUUAAAAAAAAAAGAAAAUUAUGCAUUAAGAGUAAAAACGUCUCUUAAUUAAGGGCCAUAAGAGACGUCUCUUAUAGACACGUGUCCCUCUUUCCCUUUCGUCGUCUCUUUCUCUCUCUUCUGAAUCCUCGACGACUCCGCCUUCUUCUCUUCUCGACGAUGAAUGGAAUCAGUGGAUAGUUUCUCUGGUGUUUUUUUUUUCCUGUGUUGUAGUCUCCUAUUUAGGAUCUCAAUCAUCUGUUGUAGCAUUGGUAUGCUCAUGGGAUUGCAGAGGCCAUACUGCGAACCACCAAUCUUUCAGUUCCCUUUUUGUGUGUGUGUGUGUUAUGUAGCCACAUUCAGUGAUAGUUGAUUCUCUAAGGAAGCUAAAGUUGAUGUCUUUGAAUGUGGAUAUUCUCAAGAGUACUGAGAUAGGAAAGGCUGUUAAUGGUCUGACGAAACAUGGUUCUGAUAAAGAUGAACUUGGAAAUUAAAAGUGAACUUGGCUGAGGCAUCACCUGCGUUGAGGAAGCCAGUGUUCACCAAGGUCAGUGAGCUGAGACCAGGAACCAAUGGUCUCUCACUUAAUCAGCACGAAGAUGGUGAUGCAGAGAGGAGGAGGUGGUCGUCCCAGUGGUCCCCAGGCUCGUCAGAUGCGGAUUGCUGAAUGUCUUGUUGGUGAUAGUAGCUUGACAAAAUGGGUUCUUGCUCUACGUCGGAUUUGGCUUCUUCAAGCAUCUUGACCCAGACAUCACCACAGUCCAGAGAGGAUCUUUUAAGGAGGAGACAAGAUGAGAUUGGUCAAGUGUUGGUUCUGCUCUUCUACGAUAUAUCCAUGACAUGGUAUUCAGUUUGUCCACAGCGAUGCUAAGGUACAUCAACUUUUCCAAGAAUCAGAUUAGUUUGUAUUUUUGGUUUAACCUUUUGGCUUUGGACACACAUAGAUGCUCUGUUCAUCACUUUCUUUAACUCUAUAUAUAUAUAUAUAUGAAUGUCUCGUCGUUUCCUGUUUGUAAUUUGACUCUCUCUAGCUUUGAUGUCCAUCUCUAGCUUUGAACUCUCUGUUGUGAGAUAGGAAAAAUAAGAUAUAUUAUUUGGCAAGAAAUCAUUUGCUCAAGUCUUUUGGGAAUAAUCCACUUCUAAGUCAUGCUUUCAACACUCAAUCAAGCUCUGUACAUUACCUAGCUCCCUUCGAUUAUAUGUAUUUAAUUGUCUAUCCCUAGUUUUGAUGUCUAUCUUUUGAGCUUGAGAAGAAGAGAACCCUUCAUAAUUUUUUUUAAGAACCCUUAUAUAAAAGACUUGCAAUGGACCAUACAAAUAUACAUGUCUCUUAGCUAAGUCUCUUGAACCUACUUUUCCAACUAAAAAUUAUUAAAAAAUGAUUAAGAACCCCUAAAUGAGUAUGUGGGAUAAUGAUGCUCUAAGUAACCAAGAAGCUUUGCUUAAUUUGGAGAGUCUUGGUUUAUUUUAUAUGGUAUAUCAAGUUUUUUGGUGAUAGUUUUCACUUUAAGUUCUUUAUAGUGACCAAACUUUUUAAUAUAUGACACUGUAAUUUUAAUAUAUCCAAUUAUUAUAUAAUGAUUUCAUCAGUAUCAAACCGUUUGAAAUAUAUAUUUUUACAUAAUGUUGCGUGGGGAUCUUACGAAUUCAAUCUAUCUCAAAUAAUAUAUUCAUCUUCUAUUUUUCUACUGAGAAGCAGUUUUCUAAGUGAUCAUUUACAUAUUGGUUAGGAAAGAGUGUAAUGCACUUGUGCACAUAUAUAUCUCUCUCUAUGCUUUCCGUUAUAUAGAACCGAGUAAAGAAAACUAAAUGAAAUCAUUAAUUUAAUUUACGACAAAGAGUUGACAAAAAAAAUUACCCCAAAGAAGUGGAUGAAACAAAUAAUAUUUGAAAAUGGUGAUAAAAAUAAACAGUAACAUGUUAUCUAAAAAUAUUUUACUCAACUACUAUUAUAUAUUUAUUCUCAAUUUUUAUGUGAUCUGGAUGAUUAAAAAUUAUUAACUUAAAAACAGUUAUUUAUGGGUUUAGAAAGAUUAAAUAUUUUAUAUUUGAUGUAUACAUAAGUGUUUUGGAUAAAAAGAUUUCAAACGCUAUUACAAUAUUCUUUAUCAUAUAUUAAAAUAGUGUACAAAUGUGUAAUUAAAAACAAGUGUGUAAAGAAUUGCGAGAAAAUUAUAAAAAUGUAACAUGAGACACAACAACAAAGAAAAAGCAGAGUUAAUCAAUUUAAGAAAUCACAACUGUUAUCAUAUUACUUAUUGUUUAAACUACAGCUUUGGUACUUUAAAGAAUGUAAAAAUAAUAAUUUUUAUAAAUAUAUAAAAGAAGAAAACCCUAACAAAACUUAUAUCACAAUUAUAAAAGAGCGCAAGUCACAAAAACAAAUACAAAACUACGAACAACAAUGACUUAACACUGAGUAUAUAACUAAACAUAUAGAAAACACUAGAGAAACACAUAAACUAAAAAUUACAAUAACUAAAAACCUGAAUAUGAUUAAACAUAUAGUAAAGACCGACUUAAGAAAUAUAAAUGGCAAAAUAUACACCAUACAAAGAAUCAACCUUUAAAACUGAAACGCAAAAAUAAAGGUAGACGUAUACUUUUAAUAUAUACAGUAGGAAAAUAAACAACAAAAAUGUAGGUUAUAAUGAUGAAAAAUAGAUACUUUUACAAAAUUAUAAACAUCAAAAAUGAAAAAAAAAUCAUAUUCGUAACGACAUUAAUUCAAAUAUACAUAAAAAUUAAAAAUAAUUAAUUAACCAUAUGAUCCCUAUUUGAAAACUAAUAAUAAAA